UUCUUUUAAUUAGAGAUAUGUGCAAUAUCGACUAAUGUUGGCCCCUCAUGAAAUUUCAGAUCCCGCCCAACACUCCAUCUUCCAUUUCUCCCCCAAUUCCCAUAGUCUCCAUUCUGAGGCUCCGGCCACUUUAUAGGGAACCUCCGAUGAUGAUGGAGACCAGAAAUCACUGAAAUUCUUCUACGAACCUCUUUCAUUCCCUCAGCUUUUGAGCUCGAAGAAAACGUCGAAUCAUGCAGCAGCCGCAGCCGGAAGCGUCUAGAAAACAGUUGCCCUACACUUCCAUGACGCCGCCGUCGGGAGGAGGCGGAGGUGGCUAUGGAUAUCAUAGAUUUCUCGCCGGAGAGCUCCAACGCCGUGAUCUGGAUCGGGAAUUCGAGGAAUUCAUUGUUGUCAAGUCGCCGCCGCCGUCCAAGAGGAAGACUGGAAUGCUCGAGUAUGAAACUGGACCUGCCAAUCAGAACGUGGGUCCCUUGCGGACACCUGUGUCAGGAAAGGCAGGAAAAGCCCAAUCUAGAACAAGUAAGGCAAACAGGGCAGGCUCUCAAACUCCCUUAGCAAAUAUUGGUUCCCCUGCUGGCAACAAUCUCACUCCCAAUGGUACCUGUCGCUAUGAUAACUCUUUAAGUCUCCUAACAAAGAAAUUCGUUAAUCUGAUAAAACAUGCAGAAGAUGGUAUCCUUGAUUUAAAUAAUGCCGCAGACACAUUAGAGGUCCAGAAGAGGCGCAUAUACGAUAUAACUAAUGUACUCGAAGGCAUUGGUCUUAUAGAAAAGAAACUCAAAAACAGAAUCCAGUGGAAGGGUGCGGAUGUCUUCAGACCAGCUGAAGCCCAAGGCUGCCUUUCUGGUUUACGGGAGGAAAUAAAGAACCUGAACAUGGAAGAGCAGAGAUUAGACGAGUGCAUUAGAGAAAUACAAGAAAAGCUGACAGGCUUUAGUGAAGAUGGAAAUAAUCAAAGGUGGCUUUUUGUUACUGAAGAAGAUAUCAAGAAUUUACCUUGCUUCCAGAACGAAACUCUGAUAGCAAUUAAAGCUCCACAUGGCACAACUUUAGAAGUUCCUGAUCCGGAUGAGACUGUAGAUUAUCCACGGAGGAGAUAUAGAAUAGUACUUCGAAGCACCAUGGGACCCAUAGAUGUUUAUCUCGUCAGUCAAUUUGAGGAAAAAUUCGAGGAGAUGAAAGCGGUUGAGGCACAAUCAGUCGUUCUCCAAACAUCUAGUGUGAAUGAGGAAGCUCCCACACAUGCACCGACUGGUGAGAUCACUGGACACGAAAUUGAUUGGCAGGGAUUGAAAGCUCAAAAAUCGACUUUGGAAAUCAGUACAUCACAAGAUUCCGUGGGUGGGAUGGUGAGGAUUGUACCCGAUGGUGAAACGGACGCUGAUUAUUGGCUACUGUCGGAUGCAGAAGUGAGCAUAACCGACAUGUGGAGAACACAAUCUGGAUUCGACUGGGACACUUUGAACACGAUACCUGAAGACAAUGCCACUGCUAACCUCAGUCCAACACGGGUUCAAACUGCACCGGGAGUUGACUGUAGAACAAGAGAAUUUAUCGCGUGCAAGAGUACAGAGACAAUGCAUCGUGAUUUGGUGAAGAAAAUGUCGUCAAACCCUGAUUGAAGAAUUCGGGUUUUGUCGAAUAGAAAAACACAAGAUGGGGAAGAAUUAAGCUGUUGUUGCUUGCGUUUCAUUCAGCAAAAGGCUCGUGUAUUUAGUGUUUUCCCCUAUGAGUUAAUUAUGUAUUUUCCUUGAGAUUAUCAGAAUUUAACUGAUGAGUUGUAAAUGGAGGUUGGCUCCCGCAAUUGUAAGACAGGAGCAAAUGGGGAAUUACGGAUAAUGAAAAAUACAUGUUUGGAGAAAUUUCAAAGUGGCCUAUUUUCAGAAUCAGAUAUUAUGAGAAAAUUGUUCAACUUUUUCCUGAGGAUAUAUACAUGUGUGAAUAAUUUUUAUUUUU